AUGAACGUGAGCACUCCGAAAUUCUGGCUAAGUGCGGAGAAGCUGCGAUAUAGAUCGUUGAGCCACAGGGCGUUCAUAUGGUUCUCGUUGAACGAUAGUCAGCUGUUCGGCACUUUCGCCAAUGAACUGAAGCGCCUAGGAGGGGGCCGUCCAGAUGCACAGAGAGUGCGGUAUAGAUCCACGAGUGAUAGAUACCCUGUUGAACGCCAACUGGCUGCCACAGGUGUUAAGCUUUCUGGAGCGCCUCCGAGUGCCCUCCAAGCACAGAGCGUGCGAUAUAGAUACAUGAACAGUACCGUCAAAUCGAGUGCCGCGCAAGAGUUUGACAGUUUUUUCAUGAACCGGGGCGCCUCGGAGUGCCGUCUAAGUGGGGAACGAUGCAGCCAAGCCUGGAGCGCUCAUAACCCUGAAGAAUACGAGACGGCCGGGCUCAAAAUCCAACAAGCCGUGGAACAAGCCAUUCAGGAAUCAGAGGAAAACGGUGUCAGUAAGACAGGCAAGGAUGCCACUCCGUGGUUGCUUCGCCGGGUAGCUGAGCUCACUGGUGGAUCUUCCAUCCCGAACAUCCCACAAUAUGCCUGUGUAACAUCGAGCGGCUCUUCCUUCAACGCGGCGAGAUUGCCGUGGAAUACGCAAGACUUGUUGCUGAACGGGAAGAACAUGCAUCAGCAAGACGCCAAGUCAUCUCAAGCACCAAAGGCACGACUUGUGGUAUUGGGUGCUGCAGCCGUCGAUGUUGUUGCUCGAGCGGACACAGACCCCACUCUCAUUGCCCAGUCAACCGUCCCAGGACAAGUGUCAAUUACCUUUGGUGGUGUAGCGCGAAACAUGGCCGAGGCAGCCCACCGAAGUCUCUCAUCGCUAGACCCUCGAGGGUCUUCUGCAUCCUCUUCCUCGUAUGUACAGCUGGUUUCCCCAAUUGGAACGGAUAAACUCGGCGCUGUCGUGUCCACCGAGAUCACUCAAAUCGGAAUGCGAAGCGACGGUCUUCUUUCUGGGUUGUCUGGCGGCAAUCGACACUUCUCAGCUCUGGAUACGUUCGGAUUCAGUGAGGCACAUUCUCCGUUCAUCCAUUUCUAUAAGGAGGGUCUUCCUACGAGUUCAGCUUUCCAAGGUGCUUCAAGCCUCCGAUCCAAACAUUAUUGCUUGGACGGUAAUUUAAGUUCGGAUACCAUAUCUGACCUGGUGCAAUUCGCUUCGAAACGUAAUAUCCCAAGUAAGAGAACGCCGGCUGCGUCCAUCCAAAUUGCGACUUACGCCUUCUCGCAAUAG